CAACCCCCAUGGGACCUCCACCUGGGUUGUUGUCACUAUUGCACUCUACUGUUCAACUAACACCCCUUUGGUCCACUCCACACUGUCGGAUUGCCAACUCAGAUUCCCACAACCGUCGAUCGGAGCCAAUCCAACGGCCACCGUCCCCGGAUUCCAAACCAUUCUUGGUCUUCUAACCUUAGUUAGCCUGUAUAUAUCUCUUUUCUACUCGAGCACCAUUUCCCAAAAUUUGACUUUUACAUUUUUAUUGUUUCUGUUUGUUUCUCGGGAAAUUCAAUUCAGAAGUUCCGAGGCAGAGUGAUGGACACCGGGGUAAAGUUCAAGAAAGGCGCCGGAGGAAGGAGGGCAGGCGGUCCCAAAAAAAAACCGGUGUCUCGGUCCGUGAAAGCCGGUCUGCAGUUCCCGGUUGGACGUAUUGGCCGGUAUUUAAAAAAUGGCCGAUACUCUAAGCGAAUCGGAACCGGAGCUCCUGUUUACCUGGCUGCUGUGCUCGAGUACCUUGCUGCUGAGGUUUUGGAACUGGCUGGAAAUGCUGCAAGAGACAACAAGAAGAACCGCAUUAUUCCGAGGCAUGUGCUAUUGGCCGUGAGGAACGAUGAAGAACUCGGAAAGCUCCUUGCUGGUGUGACAAUUGCCCAUGGAGGUGUGCUUCCCAACAUCAACCCUGUGCUUCUGCCGAAGAAGCCAGAGAGGGUUGCGAAGAAGGAGCCCAAGUCUCCGGCCAAGGGCACCGCCACCAAGUCCCCCAAGAAGGCUUAAAUUGUCUAGCUAGUAGUGUCUCUGGGUAGUAAAUUAAUGUAUCUCUGUAUGGAAAUCUUCAUGUGUGCACUUGGUUAGUAGGAUGGUUCAUAUGUGUCAUUAUCACCCUAGGAUUUCAGUCCAUUGUACUCUGUGUUUCCAAUUGUAGAACAUCCAUGUUUCUGAUGAAAUGAAAUUAGCCCCCUUCUAGAUUU